ACACACAUACACACACACAAACACACGCAGUCCAACCCCGGCUCGCGCGGCAGAACGUCACGCGGAGCUGGGAGGGGAAAGAGAAGGGAGGUGGGGCUCAGGGAUCCGGGAGAAAAGAGCAGGAACAGUCGCUGCUCCUGCUGCUGCUGCUGCUGCUGCUGCUGGGGCGAGCGAGGGGCUGCUCCAGCCAGAGGCGGAGGAGAAAGAGGAGGGCGAGGAGGGGGAGGAAGAUGGUGGAGCUGGAGGCAGCCACGGCUGGAGGGAAGGCUUGUGCCCAGGCUGGUCUUCCACCCUGUCAUUCUCUCCGCGCCGCCUGCUAACGUGGGCCCCGCCAGACCCCAGCUGUCAGGCUACAAGGUCUGAAGCCAGUUCCUGUUGGGCUACUCUGGACACGAGACCCCUCAUUUGCUUUCUCUCACGACUUUCCCCCCCCAUUUCUGGAGCCACAGACACAGUGAGGAAGAUGAGAGCGGAGUAAGCCAGCAGACAUCCCCGUCCCGAGCUCUCCCUCCUCCCCACCAUGAGCCACGUGGAAGGACCGCCAGAGGUGGAGGUGAUCGAUGAGCCAGGCAGUGGAGAAUCGGGAGAAGUCAACGAAUCUGUGGAAGCCGACCUGGAGCACCUAGAGGUGGAGGAGGAGCAGCGGCCUCGGCAGCAGCCGCAGCCCCAGCCCCAGCAUGCCGCCCCCUACUCUCGCGGCCCCGCCCAAGGGGAGCGCGGUCCCCUGCCCGUCCAGGGACCGGAGGAGGAGGACCGAGGGGGCUCGCUGGCCCGCUCGGCCAGCACCGAGAGCGGCUUCCACAAUCACACGGACACAGCUGAGGGGGAUGUGAUUGCUGCGUCGGGUGAGGACGGCUAUGACCCCGAACGGGGCCAGGAGAACGAGGACGAGAGUGCCUACGCCGUGCAGUACCGGCCUGAAGCUGAGGAGUACACGGAGAACGCCGAGGCUGAGCAUGCGGAGGCCGCCCAUCGCCGGAGCCUGCCCAACCACUUGCACUUCCACUCGUUGGAGCACGAAGAGGCCAUGAAUGCCGCGUACUCGGGCUACGUCUACACGCACCGACUCUUCCACCGUAGCGAGGACGAGCCCUACGCGGAACCCUACGCGGACUACUCGGGGCUGCAGGAGCACGUGUAUGAGGAGAUCGGGGACACGGCGGAGCUCGACGGUCGCGAAGGCUUGCGACUGUAUGAGCAGGAGCGCGAGGAGGCAGACAACUACCGCAAAGAGGCGCUCGGGGCGCGCCUCCACCACUACGAUGAGCGCUCCGAUGGCGAGUCAGACAGCCCCGAGAAGGAGGCAGAAUUCGCUCCCUACCCGCGCAUGGACAGCUAUGAGCAGGAGGAAGAUAUCGACCAGAUUGUGGCUGAGGUCAAGCAGAGCAUGAGCUCCCAAAGCCUCGACAAAGCCGCUGAGGACAUGCCUGAGGCUGAGCAGAACUUGGACAGGGUGCCCAGCCCGGAUGGCGGCGGCGGCGGCGGCGGCGGCGGCGGCGGCGACGGCGACGACGGAGGUGGGGAGCAGGGGAACCCGGGGCAGAUCGCUUCUGUGGGACCCCGGCCCGCAGUUCUGGCAGGCGAGGCUGGGCAGCAGCGCUACAGCAAGGAGAAGAGGGAUGCCAUCUCCCUGGCCAUCAAGGACAUUAAAGAGGCCAUCGAGGAGGUGAAAACCAGGACCAUCCGUUCGCCUUAUACUCCAGACGAGCCAAAAGAGCCCAUUUGGGUCAUGCGGCAGGACAUCAGCCCGACUAGGGACUGUGAGGACCAGAGGCCAGCAGAUGGAGAUUCUCCAUCUCCUGAUUCUUCCUCUCCCCGGGGUGCUGAAUCGUCGAGCAGACAGCAUCAGCAAGAUGACCUGCCGGAAUCUUCCACUAAUAAAGAGUCAAGGAAAAGCUUGGCUUCAUUCCCAACAUACGUUGAAGUUCCAGGACCUUGUGAUCCCGAAGACUUGAUCGAUGGCAUCAUUUUUGCAGCCAAUUAUCUUGGCUCCACCCAGCUGCUUUCUGACAAAACCCCCUCUAAGAAUGUUCGAAUGAUGCAGGCACAGGAAGCCGUCAGCAGAAUCAAGAUGGCCCAGAAAUUAGCCAAAAGCAGGAAGAAGGCUCCUGAAGGAGAAUCCCAGCCCAUGACAGAAGUGGACCUCUUCAUCUCUACCCAGAGAAUAAAAGUCUUGAAUGCAGACACACAGGAAACAAUGAUGGAUCACCCUCUGAGAACCAUUUCCUACAUUGCAGACAUUGGGAAUAUUGUUGUGCUGAUGGCCCGUAGGCGAAUGCCCCGUUCCAAUUCCCAAGACAAUGUGGAAGCCUCUCAUCCAUCUCAGGAUGGAAAGAGGCAAUACAAAAUGAUAUGCCAUGUUUUUGAAUCUGAAGACGCUCAGCUGAUUGCGCAAUCUAUUGGUCAAGCCUUUAGUGUGGCCUACCAGGAAUUCCUGAGAGCAAAUGGAAUCAACCCAGAAGAUCUCAGCCAGAAGGAAUACAGCGACUUGCUCAAUACUCAAGACAUGUAUAAUGAUGACCUGAUCCACUUCUCAAAGUCCGAAAAUUGCAAAGAUGUUUUUAUAGAAAAACAAAAGGGUGAAAUCCUAGGUGUGGUGAUCGUGGAAUCUGGCUGGGGAUCCAUCCUGCCGACAGUGAUCAUAGCCAACAUGAUGCAUGGAGGACCAGCUGAGAAAUCGGGAAAGCUAAAUAUUGGGGACCAAAUCAUGUCCAUUAAUGGCACCAGCCUUGUUGGCCUCCCUCUUUCCACUUGUCAGAGCAUUAUUAAGGGUUUAAAGAAUCAGUCUCGAGUGAAGCUGAACAUUGUGAGAUGCCCCCCAGUAACCACUGUAUUGAUCAGAAGACCAGACCUCCGAUACCAGCUGGGUUUCAGUGUCCAGAAUGGAAUCAUCUGCAGCCUCAUGCGAGGAGGGAUAGCAGAGAGGGGCGGCGUUCGAGUGGGACAUCGAAUCAUUGAAAUCAAUGGGCAGAGUGUCGUAGCCACACCUCAUGAGAAGAUUGUGCACAUUCUCUCCAAUGCUGUUGGGGAGAUUCACAUGAAAACCAUGCCAGCUGCCAUGUACAGAUUGUUGACGGCACAAGAACAGCCUGUUUACAUCUGAGACCCAUGCUCCUCACCUACACGACAUGCAUGGAGGACGCCUCCUCGCUAGUGGCUAUGUUUCUAGUGCUGCAUAUUUGUGUCCAUGGAGAUAUUUCGUUUGCACUCUCUCUCACACGAUGUUUCGUCAUGCACCAGAAGAAAAGUAUCCAGGAGGACCCCUUUUUUUCUUCCUUGCUCCAUCUUUCACCCAGUCCCCAUCCCCAAAUACAAGUGAUGUUUUAA